CGUACCGGUGUGAUUUGUGCGUGUUCAGUUAGAUCGUCGAAAGGCUUACACCGCGUUUUAAUCGGUCAGUGGCCAGUGCGAAUAUACGAAUUUCGUUGCACCACAGGUCGGCAGUGUCGUGGCAGUAUUAUAUUAUAUCCGUCGAUAUAUAAUAUUAUAGACGUUGCUGCGUCCGCGCCCGGCACUAUACGUGAUCGUCAAGUCAUCCGUAAGAUCAGCACCACGCGCACGGUGUAUACCAUCCUUGUACCCUGCACCGCGUCGUCAACGCACGACAUGGGUUGCAGAUAGCGGCGCUAAAUCGGUCCACCGUCGAUUGUUCAGAUUGUCCGCCGGCUAUUCCACCGGGCGCUCGCCAUCAGCUGUCGGUGCAUUGUCGUACGCGAGUUUUGCCGUGCACCAGCGAGCGUUUAUUGUUGUUCGUCUCGCCAUCGUCAGUCACGCCGGGAGACGAUCCCCGUCUCAAGUUUCAACCCACGGUCAUCCAGGGUGACGAAACCAAUAAACCAGAACAACAUUUUAUUGGAUUUGAUAUUGAUGAUGAUGUAUGAAUAAUUAUUGAAAAUAAGAAGAAAUUGGUAAAAAUGGAACUAAGUAAAGAAACAGGUGAACCUAUGGAAGUAGAAAAGCCAUCCGUUCUUAAUAACAAUCUUGUUAAUAAAAAGAAACAGUCUAAAUCAAGUAUAUCAUCGCCAGAACCUAAUGACGUUAAGAACAAACGGAGUAAUAAGAGAAAUAAGAAUGACAAUUUACGCAGUGAUCCCUUAAAAUCUUUGGAAUUACAAGUUCCCUCUACUUUAGAACUUAGUACUCCAACAUUCAACCUUACCUCUUCUAACACUAGAACACACCGUACUACAGGUAGAAAAAAUAAUGUAGAUAUCACGGAUGCUAUUUAUAAACUUCCAUUUGAGCAUGGUUGGAAACGAGAAUUAGUAUACAGAGCAUUAAGUGAAUUUACUAUUCGUAAUCGUGCAAGUAGAAGUGGUGAUGUAUACUAUUAUUCUCCAACCAACCAAAAACUUAGAUCAUUACGAGAAAUUCAGGAACAGUUGGACAUGCUAUCUAAUAAAGAUCUAACCAUAGAAAAUUUUACAUUUUUAAAACAACCAAUUGGCAUGAACGAUCGAUCUAAAGAACUGAUCAGAGAUGCAAAUUCUAAAUUAUCUAAAGGAAACUCUUUUGUUGGUGUUGCUGUUAGACCUAAAAAAUCUAAGACACCUGUACAGCGGCAACCAUAUGAUUUUGAAUUGUCAGAUGAUGAAAACAACAAGUCUUCAAGAAAAAGGAAAACUGUUCUUAAAAAUGCUAAGAGUUCCUUUAGAUUGAUAUCUAAAAAAGGUACUUCAGAAUCAAUGAAUACAUCUUCAUCUACACCUGAACAUAUAUCUGAAGACUGCCAAGCUAUUCAAUCUAGUGCAUCACCAAAAGUUACUUCUCCAGAACUUGAGAAAAUUGAUAUAAAUAACACAAUAGUUAAAAGACGGAAUUCAGAAAUCAGUGGUUCUUCAGGAGAAAUUGCAACAUCUUCCGCAUCCAUGCAAUCAUUAAAUUACAUGGUUAAAGUAUUGAGACAUGUUUUUGAAUAUUUGAAAAUGGAUGAGCUAUUAUCAGCUUCUAGAGUAUGUACCGCCUGGAAUAUAAUUGCAAUGAAUAAAUACUUAUGGCAGAAUGUUCGUUUAAAAAAUUCUAUGGUCUAUGAUUGGGAAAGGUUUGUAGACUCAAUUGAUCAACAAAGAACUAAUACAUUAGACACUAGACGUAUGUUGAUACCCUCUAAAAUUGAAGACUUCGAAAGUUUUUGGUUGCAAUUUUCAAAUGCAAUGACAAGAGCAAAACAGUUAAAAUUCAUUGAAUUGUAUAGAUGUCCUGUCCUUGUUGUUGAAGAUAUUAUUUACUCAUUACCUCAAAUUGAAGUACUUAAUGCUUCUUCAAUAAAAAAUCCAAAUUUGAUGAAAGCGUCAAAAAAUCCCAAAGAUUUAAUGUACUUAAACUUAAAUUAUUUGGGACAAAUGAGAAAUCUCACAGAGUUAAGACUAAAAGGUUUAACUGGAAUAAAAUUGACGGCAUUGCCAUCAUUUGAAAAUUUAAUAAAUUUGAAUAAAUUUUCAUUAACCUCUAUUAAAGAAUUUCCAAAAGAGAUCUAUCAGAGUUUGAAUACUAUUACUGAUAAUAUUGAGUUUUUUGAAAUUGGUGAUUGCCAAUGCUUAACAAAGGAUUUUGCCGUGUCACUAAAAAGAUUUGUCAAUUUGAAAUCAUUGAGAUUAGAAAAUUGCUGUAAUGGAUGGGAUCAAUCUGCACAGGAUGUUUUUACUGUCAUUAGAGGUCUUGAAAAGCUCAAUGUUCUGGAAUUGGUAAACAUAGAAUUCAGUAAUUGUGUUGAAGAUGAAUUGGAAAAAUGUGAUGGUAUUAAAGCUUUACUGAUUAUUCCUGCUUAUGUGAGCCAAUCCGCAACUACUAACUGUCACCUGAUUGACUGUCUCAAGAAACUCUCCAAGACAUUAACAUACUUGGUUUGGGGAUUAACUCAUGAGUUACUUCGUGUUACAGACUUAUUUAUAGCUCAAUAUCAACAGAACCAGCAUAUUUUUGGUUAUAAAUUAGAUUUAACCCAUACCAAAGAAGCGAACAACAAUAUACCUAUACUCAGAUCAAGAAUACCUCAACAGCGCCCAGUAGAUGAGGCUACUACUAAAAAAGAAGAAGACAAGUUAGAUAAUGUUAAUAUACUUUCAGUUCCUGAUCUAGAGAAAUUGUUAGAUACUAUGAUGCCUGAUGCUAAGAUUAGGGUAAUUAAAGUUCCCUUUUCAGGAACAAGUAGAGUUUAUUUGAUUGAUCAGUUUAAUGAUAUUUAAAUGGAAUGUAGAAUAUGCAUUUGUUUCUUUACAUGAGAAACCUUUUGCAAUAUAAUUCUAUUUUUUGUGACCAGGAAAAUUUUUUUUUUGUACUUCAAUCUGAAGAUUUUAAUAACAAUUUGAAUUAUUAGUUAUAAUGUAUAUGUAUUAUGUUUUUCUAUAUGUAUAAUUAUAACUGAUCAUUAAUCAUACAUGUUAUCAUACAUUUAGUAGAUUUUUAAUUGUAAUAAUUUUAUUUCAUUUAUAAUUCAAAAUUUUUUUUUCAUUUUUAAAAUAAUAUGAAUCUAUAAUUUGAAAAUGUAAU